UUCUAAUUCGUCAGCAUACAUGUAUAGGUGUUUACUCCUGUCGUCUGCUUUUCUGUCUGCUCAACUGUCAGCUGUUACCGCUGCUGUGAAUGCAUAAGACGAAGAACCAAGAAGAGGAGGUACAAACGACACCGAUGAAUGAAAUAAAUGGUCUGGGUUUUGAUAUUUAGUUGACAUCAGCUGAGCCAGUACUGUAGACAUAGGACUAGCGCAGUUUAGUGUGGCUAUGGAGUCUAAUGCAGGUGGCAGGGUGUCAGAGCCGGGGGUCAGUACGACUGCUAGCUCCAGCCUGGUGGACCGCUCCGAGGAUGCGGACAGGUGUGAACAUGAGGCGGCACUAAGGGCGACCCUGUGUCUCUUUCAGUCAUUUCUGGGUGAGUUCGGAUUCAUGCCCACCCGUGUAGUAACAUUCUUGAGGCUCCUUCCAGGCAUGAGCAACUUUCCUGGACGUGCCACGCUGAGAGAGAUACGGGAAUGUGAAGAUCGCAGCUUGUAUUCAGAGGCAACGACACGUUUUCUGGGAGACCUGCUCAGCGAAAAUGCACCGACGGGGGCGGUGAGCGCUCUCAUGGACGCUUUGUUCGACGCCAACGACAGCCCCGACAACCCUAACGAGGGAGCGUGGCGAUGUCACGACAUCCUGACUGUGGCCAGCGGUUUCCUCCCCUCUCAGGAGGCUCUGAUUGGCUUCAUAGACUCCAGCGAGAUGGACAUCGGUCUAGUGGCUUCGCACCUGAGCAGUCACGGUCUCCUGACACCUGACGACAUGGAGAAGGUGAUGACACUCCCGGACCUUGAAGGUCGAAGGUCAGCUGCCGUGUACAUGUUUGCUUGUUUGUACGCCACGUAUGUGGACUCUCUGCGAGUUGAGUGGCUCAUGCUACCUGAUUACCCGGCGUACACAGGACCACCCGCCUGGCUUCAGACGCUGCUGGACACCCUUGGCAGGUAUGCUGGGACAAACAUGCAAGAGGAACUACCCCACCUGCAGCUGUCACCAGACUUCUGGAUAAACAUAGAGGAACAACUCACCUUUCGACGAAGUACCGCGAACAGCAGAGUAGAUGAUGAAACCGGAAGUGAGGCUGGCGAGUCUGUCGUCAGUGACGUCACGGUGACGGGAGACGCAGACAACACCCACGUGAAAGAGUGGGACAGACGGGACAGAAAUGUGGAUGAGGGUAGAGGAUACGGCAUACAGCGAGUCAGCGCCUACAUCCUUAAUCUUCAUCGAAUGAGCAGUCGACUUCUGAACGUUAACCCUUUCAACGUGGAGCUUGUGCAGCACGACCAAGUGGACUACAGGGAUCGUCUGCCACAGGCAGUUAGGACGAAACACACAACGUCUGACGACUGGGAUGAGCGAAGUUCAGUGAGUACAGCAACAUCAUACGAGGAGAACGACAAGGCAAGUGUCUUGGGGAAACAGGUCUUAGCACCCAGGGAACCCGGGCAGAUCACUCUACGAGCUUAUCAGGAGGAGUUGCUGACCUACGCCCGGGAUGGACUCAGUGUGUUGAUUAUUCUUCCAACCGGAACAGGAAAGACCUACAUCAUCUUGAAAUACGUGCAGGAAAUAUUGUCUAGACCAGGAACUGACCGAGUUGUGUUUCUGGCGCCAAAAGUCAGGCUGGUGGAGCAGCAGUACAAAAGAUUCCAUAGUUAUUUCCCCGAUACUACCUACUUCCGGUGUGGAAACUCGAGAAGCUGCAAAUCUCCUUUUUCACAACUCCUGGACACUUACCGCAUCUACGUGAUGACCCCCAUGUGCCUGGUGGAAGCCAUCAGAGCCAAAGAGGUCCGCAUCACCGACUUUUCGGUUUUGGUUCUGGACGAGUGCCACAACACCCAAGGUGGCCACGCCUUCGCAAACCUCAUGGACCUCUACAUGGACAUCAAGUUCGACAAUCAAGGACCAAGCUUUUCUCGUCUUCCACAGAUAAUUGGUUUGACAGCCAGCCCUGGUGUAGGAAAGGGAGGCAAUCUGUCGACAGCCAUUGCGCAUGUCAAGAGUUUAUGUGACAUCCUGGAUGCUGAGAGAAUAUGUACAGUGAAGAAGUACGAAGAGGAGCUGAGGUAUUUUAUCAAUGAGCCCAUUCACGAGGUUCACAGAUGCUCUGGACGGAAAAAGGACACGUUCAGAAAAAUUGUUGAGAGCAUGAUGGCGUCCAUUGAAAACGACAUGGCCUCGUACUUAGAACGAACGUGCAAGAACAUUUCUUACGAGACCCUCAAAGGCCAGCUGGCAGCUCCGACAGUCAGUCGAGGACAGCUGCGCUACACACAGUGGGCCAGGAGCCUGGACAGGGACCUGGUGGACCUGGUGCCAGACAAAGACCUCUACACCUCGCUGUUUGCUUCGGUGGAAAAAUUGCUGGACUACCAGAAGGCGUUGGUUCUCAAUGAAGACUGUGAGUCGCAGUACGCGCUGGACUUCCUGCUGGACACGUUUAACGAGAUGAACAGCAUGCCGCAGCGACUGACGGAGGGCGACAGGAGGCUACUGCGACAGUUUAGGGAGAACGAGGCAGAACUGGUCAAGGCGAGCGGGGACAAGGAAGACUCGAACCCCAAGCUGAAGAUGCUGGAAGAUAUUCUGCUCAACGUUAUGGAGAAAGAAGGGGACAAUGUAUCAUGUAUGGUGUUUGUGCGGACCAUAGAGCUGACCAAAGCCAUCCACCAAUGGAUUGGAAAACAUCCUGUACUCCACAAGCUAACACCGGGACGUAUCAUAGGAAGCAAAGUUUCUUCUGAAAGCACAGGGAUGACCAAGGCUCAGAUAGGAGACGUGCUGGUCAAGUUCAACAACGGCGACCACAAAGUGGUGGUGUGCACGUCGGCGGCGGAGGAGGGGUUGGACUUCCAGGCCUGCAGCGUGGUGGUACGUUACACCUACGUCACUAACGUCGUCUCCAUGAUACAGUCGCGAGGUCGCGCACGGCGAAUGAACAGCCAGUACUGCGUGCUGGACGACCUCCAGGGAGGGUGCGUGAGAAAGGAGAAUGAAAACCUGGCCAACGAGGCGCUGAUGCAACAAGCCGUGGAACACGUCCAGAAAAUGAUGGAGGACAACCCCAACGACUUCCGGAAGUCAAUGCUCGAGCGUCAACAGUCUCAGGUGCUGGCCCGGAAACUUGCCAUGGGCGCCACCGUCACCAAGAGAGAACAAGCGGGCUUCUCCACAAAAGUCUACUAUCUCCGCUGCCGCAAAUGUCGUGAGAAGGUGUUCACUUCUUAUGACAUCAGGCAAAUCGGCCAGGGCUCCCACACCCUGACAGAUGACCAUUUGCGCGGAAAGUGGGCCAAGACUCGCGAGCUGCCCAUCCCCCAGCAGUGGACAAUGAACAUGGAGCGCGUUGCUGGCGUUUGCUGUAAAAGUUGUGGGCACAAGUGGGGCAGUCUGGCCAGGUACAUCCCCAGCGGCAACGAGUACCCGAUCUUGAAGCUGGAGCAUUUUAUUCUGGAGGAUAUGGCCACAGGAACAGAGAUUUCGCGCAAAAUGAAAUGGUCCGAUAGGUUGUUUAGUGUUCGAGAACUUACUGAAGAAGAAAAGGGGAAACUGUGAUUUGGGGUAAAUAUUUUUUAAAUACACUAAUAGCAGAAAAUUAAGAAAGACAAAUUAUAUCACAAAUAGCGACUUAUCAGUUUGAACGGGGGUUCAUGAUAUUGUUUAUUAGAAUUCACAAAAUAGAGAAAAUCUCCACAAUGUUGAUAGACUGAUGAAGAUACGUUGCCAUUCGACAGCAGCCCAUCCUUCAGGGCAGACACCUGAAAUGGAGCAUUGGUCGCCUUUGUUUACAGGCAAUACUGAGGCAGUCUGGCCAGGUACACUCCCAUGGCAAAGAGUACCCGAGUCUGGAGCUGGAGCAUUUCGUUGUAACGGAUAUGUCCAGUACAACAGAGAUUUUGGUGAAAAAAACGAUGUGAUGGCUUGUUUAAUGUUUGAGAACUUACUAAAAAAGAAAAAAGAGAAACUAAUUUGCUGUAAAUGCAUUUUAAAGACACUCGGAGAAGAAAUUAAAAAAACUAAGGAAAAUCGUACUACAAAAAGCGACUGCUCAGUUUUGAAUAUGGGUGUCAUUCUUGACAUGCUUUUUAUUUUAUCGGAAUUCUCAGAAAAAGAGAAAAUCUCCACAAUUCGGUAGGUUGAUGAAGAUAAUUUAUGAUAACUUAGUUUACUAGGAUGUUAUGGAUUUAUAUUUGGUUUACUUAAAGCUAUGAACUGAAAUUGUAUGUAGCAUAGUCAUCUACUGGGGUGAAGAUUGCUGGAUAAGUGAUCACAGAACAUUAUUUGCUUGACUGGUAAUCAAUGAAACUUUUAUGUAAUAUAGUAAUCUAUUGGCUUGGUUUACUUGCUUUGUUAUAGUAGGAAGUUUCUGUGUAAUCAUAAUUGAUUUUUUAAUUACACUUAUAUCUCUAUAUCACACUCACGAUACAUCUAUUUAAGCAAACUGAUGCAGUCUAAAAUGAAGGAAAAAACUAAAGUUGCUUCGCUUUAAAAAAAAUUGUAUUUACACAAGAAAUCCUGUUUAUGGUUUUGUUCAUAAAAACAAAAUACCGUUGAAGACAUUCAUGGAAUCAGUAUUAAGCACCGUGUUCACCAGUCAUUGUCCUUAUUAGCUUUGGAUUCAUCUGGAGUCCAAAUAUCCCCUUGGCUUGUCUGUGACUAUAACUAUGGUCUUCAUCAGACUUGGUUGGCCGCUUUGAUAUCUCUCUGUUCAAAGAUCCCUGAUCAGUCCGGGGUGUUAUCUAAACUGACUGACUGACUGACUGAUUGACUGACUGACUGACUGGCUGACUGACUGACUGACUGAUUGACCGACUGACCGUUGAGACUUAAUAAAUCUCUCUUUAGUCGUGAAGGUCCUCUAAGACCAGCAUCCCUCACCUCACGAGAGGCUGACAUUCCCAGCUUCUUUAGUUCCAAUUUCAAAAUGGUUUUGCUGUCUGGUUUGCCGUUGGCAGUUGUUGGAAAAAGAAUCGACAAAACUCAACUUCACAGGCUGCAUGUAAGUUCUGCACAUUGUGCCUGAUCUCUAUUAAAGAACCGGAAAAGAGAAUGAGACAGAAAACUGCACACAGGUGGCAGAUGGCUGCACCACAACCAGCCCAGGGUGCAGUGGUGGUGGUCGCUGCUGUAUGUGACGUCAAUCACAGACCAGCAGAAGUCCAGAACUUUCUGUGACGUCAGACUAGGUUGUGGCGCGAACUCUUGAUUAAAAAAACUGGAUCCGGUACGGGUAGAAUCACCGUUAUCUGCACCCUAGGCCAUUGCUGGAUGAGGUGUUCCAGCCACCCCGGGUAGAUGAUCUGGGACUUUCGAAUGAUGGACAGAGUUUUAAAAAGAUUAAAAUAAACUUUUAGACGCCAGUCGUAUUCUCUCAGACAUUUGCAUUAAAGUUACUUUAGAAGUACAGUUGACAGUUUACACUGUGUGGGGUAUCUAAUGUAUAAUUUAUCUUAUCGACUGUUUGCUUCAACAUUUUAAGAUGGAAGUUAGCAGAUAAGCAUUUUUUAUUAAAAAAAUUGUACAAUGGAAAAAUAAAGUAUGCAUAAAACUGUUA